CCGAGUCGGAGCGCAGAGCAGCAGCAGCAGCAGCAGCAGUCGCAGCCCGCCUCAGCAUGGCUCGCGCGCUUCUCGCCUCGCUGUCGCCGCUCGUCAUCGCGCUUCUCGUGGCCGCCGCGCCGCGUCUUUUCGAUAUGCCCGAAAUUCCGGAACGUAGAAUGAUGAGCCAGGCGGGCGACAACAUAACGUUGGAUUGUCCCGGUGUGACGGACAUGUCCCUGGUGCUACAGUUAGAGUGGUGGGCGAACGAUAUGAAGCUGGUGCAGUAUUCCGACGCAGGAACCACCGUCUGGGAGAACCGGCGUCGCAUCACGCUACGCAAAGAUAAUUUCGCUCUUGAGAUCCACCCGGUGAGCGCUGAAGACAACGGUCGCUACACGUGUCUCGUCAACAGCCGCCCACGCCCGGAGGCGUACAUUAUGCUUCAGGUGCAGGGGUAUUACACGGAGCAGCAGAUAGACAAUACCUAG